UAAUCCCAGCACUCUGGGAGGCUGAGGAGGGCAGAUCACCUAAGAUCAAGAGUUCGAGACCAGCCUGGCCAACAUGGUGAAACCCCAUCUCUACUAAAAAUAAAAAGAAUUAGCCGGGUGUGGUGGCAGGCACCUGUAAUCCCAGCUACUUGGGAGGCUGAGGCAGGAGAAUUGCCUGAACCCGGGAGGAAGAGGUUGCAGUGAGCCAAGAUCGCGCCACUGCACUCCAGCCUGGGUGACAGAGCGAGACUAUCUCGGCGGGGGAAGAAAGCUUUGUUAUGUAGUGUUCUAUUUUUCAUUUGUACUAUUUAUUUUCUUUCUUUUUUUUUUUUUGAGACGGAGUCUUGCUCUGUUGCCCAGGCUGGAGUACAGUGGCGCAAUCUCGGCUCACUGCAAGCUCCGCCUCCCGGGUUCAUGCCAUUCUCCUGCCUCAGCCUCCUGAGUAGCUGGGACUACAGGCGCCGGCCACCACGCCUGGCUAAUUUUUUGUAUUUUUAGUAGAGACAGGGUUUCACUUCACCGUGUUAGCCAGGAUGGUCUUGAUCUCCUGACCUCGUGAUCCACCUGCCUCGGCCUCCCAAAGUGCUGGGAUUACAGGCAUGAGCCACCGCGCCCGGCCUCAUUUGUACUAUUUUCUAGAUAUUUUGCAGGUGUGGUUUUGAAUUCCACUUAGAUUCAAAACUUUUUUAGUAGAGAGUGUUAGGUUUUCCAGCUCUUGGGGUUAUUCUUAUUUCUACUUUCAUCAUGUCUUGUUUUAUUGCACUGUUGUCAGUUUUACUUUACAGAAUUUGGGAUUUUUCUUUUCUUUUUUCAGACAGAGACUUGUUCUGUCACCCAGGGUGGAGUGCAGUGGCACAGUCACGGCUUACUGCAACCCCAAACUCCUGGACUCAAGGGAGUCUCCCAAGUAGCUGGGAUCCAGGCAUGUGCCAACACGCCCAGCUAAUUAAUUUUUUUUUUUUUUUCUCUAGAGAUGGCGUCUUGCUAUGUUGCCCAGACUGAUCUCAAACUCCUCACCUCAAGCGAUCCUCUCACUUCGGACUCUCAGAGUGUGGGGAUUACAGGUGUGAGCCACUACCUGGCCUGGAUUUUUCUUAAAGUCUAAUCUAGUCACUUUUAGAACAUGUUUGCUCAUCUGCGUUGACUGUCUCUAUCUUGAUGGGCUUGAUCUACCAAGGUGGACAGGCUUCUGUUUGUUCUAAUGUUUGUACUUUCAUUGUGGGUGGUCCUCUUGGCCCUUUUAAAACUACCCUGCUCUGCUGCUUGCUCUUUUGUGUCUAUCUCCUUUGAUUCAACAUUUUUUUUGUGCAUUUCAUGUGUAUAGUUGUGUAUGUUUAUUUGUUCUUAUUGUAGAAUGGUUUUUGGUUAUGUGGAUGUAAUUAUCCAUGUGACAGACUGAGCUCAUUUCCAUAGAUCUUCCAAACAGUGCUGCCACAGUGCGGGUAUGUGCAUGCGUGCGUGCGUGCGUGCGCGCGCUCUGUUGGGUAUGUACCUAGGUUUGGAGUUACUGGGUCAUGGGUGGGCAUAUGGUGGCUGCAUGGGCAGCUGCCAGCUCUCAGUGAUGGCACCAGGUACAUGAAGGUCAUCCUUGCUCUGCUGGCGCUGUAAAGAUGUUGCUUCUUUGCAAAAUAACCGCUAGAUUCCUUAUAAUUCUAGUGAAAAUCCCAGCAGCUUUUCUUUUGUUUUAGCUGUUUAUUUCAGAAAUUGACAAACUCAUUCUGAAAUUUAUAUGAAAAUGCAAAAGGGCAAGAAUAAUCAAAGCAUUCUCUCUCUUUUUUUUUUUUUUUUGAGAAGGAGUUUUGCUAUUGCUCAGGCUGGAGUGCAGUGAGACGAUUAUAGGUCACUGCAGCCUAAAACUCCUGGGCUCAGGAGAUCCUCCAGCCUCAGCCUCCCGAGUAGCUGGGAUUAUAGGUGUAAAAAGUAAAGUAGAGGUUUCAUUUUAAAGAUUUUCCUCUUCAUCUAAUUAGGAAUAAAUACUAACUUCUUUUAGAAGCAAAAUUUAUUUAAAGACCUGUGCUAACAUUCUUAAAUAUCUGCUAGCUGUAAUAAAUAAAUUAAUGUAGUUUAUAUUCUUAGCUCCUACAAUUUAGCCUGAAUAUUUGCCCUGGCAUGCUUACACUGGUCCAAGCAAGCAUUAGGUCAUAGCCUGUUCCUUUUUCUUAUUUGAAGGUGUUUUUACCUUUCUUAGCAUUCCACAAGUUACUUUCUCCUUCCUUUGUUCUCCUCUGCCUUUGCCUCUUUUAAAAAGUUCUAAGUUGCUAGCCAAUCGGGGCAAAUACAGAAUGUGAGGUCCCGUUCCAGCAAAUGGAAACCGAACACAGUAGGGUGGACCGUCAGAUUGUAAAUGACCCUGUCUCCUUUGUUCAGUGUACUCUGUCUCCUUUGUUCGGUGGCAAAACUGCUGGCGACUGUACCCUUUCUGCAGAAAGUAUAAAAAUGGCCUUGCUGAGGGAAUUAAAUUUAUGUUCAAGUGCUAUUUCUUUACAGCACCAGAGAACAAGCAUUUCAAACAUAGGCAUGCACCAACACACCCAGCUAAUUUUUAGUGGAGACGUGCUCUCAUUGUGUUGCCCAGGCUGGUCUCAAACUCCUGGCUUCAAAGGAUCCUCCUGCCUUGGCCUCUGAAAGCGCUGGGUUACAGGUGUGAGCCACCUCACCUGACUAAUCAAAGCAUUCUUUUGUUUUUGAGACAGAGUUUUUGCUCUUGUUGCCUAGGCUGGGGUGCAGUGGCGCGAUCUCGGCUCACUGCAACCUCUGCCUCCCAGGUUCAAACGAUUCUUUUCGGCCUCAGCCUCUGGAGUACCUGGGACUACAGGCGUCCACCACCAAGCCCAGCUAAUUUUUGUAUUUUUAGUAGAGAUGGAGUUUCACCAUGUUGGGCAGGAUGGUCUUGAUCUCCUGACCUGGUGAUCCACCCACCUCGGCCUCCCAAAGUGCUGGGAUUACAGGCAUAAGCCACCACGCCGGGCCUUAAUCAAAGCAUUCUUGAAGAAAAACAAAGCUGAAGGACAUAUCCUACCAAAUAUCCAGACUUUACAAAAGCUGCAGUGAUUAAGACAGUGCAGUGUUGCCAAAAAGAUAGACAAAUAGGCUGAUUGGAGGGAACAGUCUUCAAACAAACUGCACAUCAAUAGUCACUUAAUUUAUGACACAUGACAAAGAGAAAAGAUGGCCUUUUCAGAAAAGGUACUGGGAGAACUGAACUCUCCAUAAGGGAAAAAAAAUGAAACUUUUAUCACAAAUCAUAUCCAGAAAUCAGUGUUAGGUAGAUCAUAGAUGUAAAUAUGAAAGAUAAAACAAUAAAGCUUCUGGAAUAAAACAUAGAAUAUCUUCAUGAUUUUGGAAAAAUCGGACACAGCAGUAACCAAAGUAGAAAAAUUUGAUACAUUAAACUGCAUUAAAGUUUGUAUCUUUUGCUUUUUACAUUGCUACAAGAAAAUGCAAUCAGUACUAACUUCUAAUUUCCUGGAAAUGGUAGAUAAUCCAUCCUGUUUGUUCCUCCAGAAGCCUCUAUCCUGCUCUUACCAGGAUUGUUGCCCCUCUGGCCCAUGGUGCGGCUACCAUCUUGGGCUUUUUUUUUUUUUGGAGAUGGAGUCUCUGCUGUGUUGCCCAGGCUGGAGUGUAGUGGCCUGAUCUUGGCUCACUGCAACCUCCACCUCCCGGGUUCAAGCGAUCUUCUGCCUCAGCCUCCCAACUAGCUGGGACUACAGGUGCCUGCCACCACGCCCAGCUAAUUUUUGUAUUUUUAGUGGAGAUGGGGUUUCACCAUAUUGGCCAGGCUGGUCUUGAACUAUUGAGCUCAAGUGAUCCACCCGCCUUGGCCUCCCAAAGUGCUGGGAUUACAAGCGUGAGCCACUGUGCCUGGCUGCUAUCUUGGGCUUCUGUUAGUCGUCAUUCUGGGACUUGUUUUUGUCCCUCCACACGUGGUCCUUAUUUCCUGGAUCUUGUUUUUAUUGGUUGGAUAAUUUGGACAUCAUGACAGCAACUGUCUUUUUUGUUUGUUUGUUUUUUGUUUUUUUGAGUCGGAGUCUCACUCUGUUGCCUAGGCUGGAGAACAGUGGCACAAUCUUGGUUCACUGUAACCUUUGCCUCCCAGGUUUAAGCGAUUCUCCUGUUUUCAGCCUCCUGAGUAGCUGGGACUACAGGUGUGCGCCAUCACGCCCAGCUAAUUUUUGUAUUUUUAGUAGAGACGGGGUUUCACCAUGUUGGUCAUGCUGGUCUUGAACUCCUGACCUCAGGUGAUCACCCGCCUCGGCCUCCCAAAGUGGUGGGAUUUUCACACCUGGCCAACAGCAACUAUCUUAAUAAGAACGUUCAUUGACUCAAGUAAUUGCAAGUCCAGAAGUAGACAGGUUUGGGAUUAUUUGGGUGCACCCAUUCUGAAGUAGUCAUUAGAACCGGGACUGGGCUUCUCUUAGGCCAGGCCCCCCUCCCCUGGGGCUGGGUCUGGGUCCUCAGGCUCCAUCAGGAAGGAGGAAGGGAGAAUUAAUUGCUGGGUAGGCAGACAGGAAUGGUCCCACUGACAUUGCCAGUCCCUCAGUUUGCUCUCUUGUAAAAAUCCUAUUUUGAGUUUUUAUGUAAGUCUGAAAAAGUCUUUUUCUGUCCCUACACUUGACUUGGUCAGCUGAGUAUUGGAUUCUAGAUUGAAAGUCAUUUCCCAGAGAGGAUGGUGAUGCUGGUAAGAAGUCUCCAUCAUUGUUGCUCCUGAGAACUCAUUGCCAUUCUGAUUGUUCCUCCCUGGGAACUUUUUUGCAAGAGGGAUGACUUUUAGAAGCUUUUAGGUUCUCAAACUGUAUCCCUAACGUGCUGAAAUUUCACAUUGUACUUUGUGUUCUUUUUAUAUCCGUUGUUCCGAGCACUUGGUGGGCCUUUGAAGUCUUGGCUACUUGGCUACUUCAACUCUGGGAAUUAUUUUAGGCAUUUUUUACUUAAUAAUUUCUUCCUCUCCUUCCCCCCACUCCACCCCCAUGUUUCUGGAACUCCUAGUUAAAUCUGGACUCCUGGGUUAAUCCUUUGAUUUUCGGGGUAGGAUGUGACUAGCAUUAUCCCGUCGCUCAUUUUCUGAAAUUUGCUUGGCUUGCUUUUCCACCUCUUCUUCAUUUUUUUUUUUUUUUUAAAUUUUUUUUUAGACAGUGUCUUGCUCUGUUGCCCAGGCUGGAGUGCAGUGGCGCCAUCUCGGCUCACUGCAGUUUCUGCCUCCCAGGUUCAAGUGAUUCUUCUGCCUCAGCCUCCUGAGUAGCUGGGAUUACAGGCGCAUGCCACCACGCCUGGCUAAUUUUUGUAUCUUUAGUAGGGUUGGGGUUUCACUAUAUUGGCCAGGCUGGUCUCAAACCCCUGACCUCGUGAUCUGCCGCCUCGGCCUCCCAGAGUGUUGGGAUUAACAGGUGUGAGCCGCUGCCCCUGGCCUCUUCUACCUCUUCUAAUUGGAUUAUUUUACUUUAGAAUAGUUUGGCUGUACAGAAAAGUUGGAGUUCCCAUAUAGCCUACUCCCAGUUUGCCCCCAUUAAACACAUCUUACGUUAGUAUAGUAUAUUUGUCACAACUAAUGAACCAGUAUUGAUACAUUAUUAUUAACUAAAGUUUAUGCUUUAUUCACAUGUUCUUAGCUUGUACCCAGUGUCUUUUUUUUUCUGUUCUAGGAUACCACAUUAAAUUUAAUCAUGUCCCCAUAGUUUCCACUAGAUUGUGACAAUUAAGUUUUUGAUGACCAUGACAGUUUUGAGGUGUACCGAUCCCAUAUUUGGUAGAAUGUUUCUCGAUUUGGGAUUUGUCGGAUGCUUUCUUCAUGAUUAUCCUGAGGUUAUGAGGUUUGGGCUAUCACAUGCUUAAUUCUAACUAGGGUGAUUAUUGUUUUCUAGUUAUUCUUUAAGGGGGAAAAAAAGUUUAUUUCAUGGGUGUGGUAUCUUCUCUUGAUUUUCUGAGGAUAUUAAUUUUAUAAUACAUAUUUUUAAUCUUUGAUCUCUGGCACUGUCUGUUUCCUCUGUUAUUUUGUCUAUUUAUUUGGUGUCUGUCUUUUAGUUGAUCAUCUCUCAGAUACCUGUGAUCUCGGGCACACAGCUGAUUGGAAACUGGGUGGACUCUUCAGAGUGGGUGCCUGCAUGGGAUGCUGGCCUUUUCAUUUCUUGACUCCCAUGUUGGUGUAUAUAGGUUUUCUUUCUCUGGGGCUGGUUUUUCAAGAGAAGACUCCCUUGUCUUUGCCUGAGGAGUGGAGGGUGGUGUGGUGUUUGUCUGCUGCCCUCCUGUGAGGAGCAGUGGAAGUGGGGGGGCCUGAAGCUUCUGAGCUUUGCCACUCAGGUUCUCUCUUUACUUUUUUGGGGGGGUCUCCUUUCCCCAUCCCUUCCCCCUCUGAACCUGGCGUUCUCAAGUCUAGACUUCUCUUGUUUAAUGUAUCCAGUGGGGGAGGGAAGGGGCCGUGAGUGUCCAGCUGUUGCACUUGCAGCCUUCAGCCAGUCCCCCCACAUCUGAGUUCCCACCUUCCCCUUUCAUGCAAGGUGCCUGCCACCUCCUAGGACCUCCUGAGCCUUCUGAUGUCCUGGGUGAAGGGAGGUUUUCCCCUCUGCAGUCCUCAUGUUGUGGCAUCUUUCAGUCUGUGAAAUCUGUUCAUACUUGUGCCCCGUCCUUGCCGAAACUGUCCCUGUUGUUUGGGUUCUUCACUGUUUUCAUUUUCAGGGGUUGGAAGGAUGAGCUGUACAAGCCCUUAGUCUUUCUGCUCUGUUUAACCAGAAGCCACCUGUAUUCUAAGUAGUGUGUCUGUGAGUUGGAUGGAAUUGAAUUAAGGGCCAUCUGUGGGAUGUGUGUGCAUCGAGAUGUGUGCACAGCCCUCUUUAUGUACACGGGUGUGGGAGUAUUUUUGUCCGAGCACCACUCGACUGCCUUUUCCCCAUAAUCAAGAAUGGCUGUCUUUUUGUGUCAGAACCUCAAGAGCUGCCAUUUGCUGUGGUCGCUACAGAGCAUGGUGAGGCCCAGAGGUAAGGCUGGUUUUGACAUCUGGUCAUUGGCACAACCUUCUUACACAUAUGGAGGGUGAACUUCUCUGUUCUUCCCUUCAGAUGCCUAGAGAAAGGGAGCCCAAAGCCCCGGAGGCAGAGAGUUUAGCCAGCUGCAGGGGGUGAUGGCGUCACCACCAUUAUCUGCUGAACUCCUCUGUGCCAAGGAGCAUUGCAUCAGGGUGCUGGUGGCACACCCGGGGAUCAUCAUCUCUUCCUUCUAAAGCAGCUGUCUGUCUCCACUUUGUCACUGAGAAAACAGCAGAUCGGGAGCGGUGCCGAGAAAAAUUUCCUUACUAGAUGACAUUUCAUCGCAAUGUCCGAUCGUUUGGGGCAAAUUACCAAGGGCAAGGAUGGGAAAAGCAAGUAUUCGACUCUCAGCCUGUUUGAUAAGUAUAAAGGAAAAUCAGUAGACGCGAUUAGAUCCUCAGUUAUUCCUAGACAUGGCUUACAGAGUCUUGGGAAAGUUGCUGCAGCCCGGCGCAUGCCACCGCCUGCAAACCUGCCAAGCUUGAAGUCUGAAAACAAAGGAAACGACCCCAACAUCGUGAUAGUACCCAAGGACGGGACGGGAUGGGCAAACAAGCAGGAUCAGCAAGACCCAAAGAGUUCCAGUGCGACGGCCUCUCAGCCGCCGGAGUCGCUGCCGCAGCCGGGUUUGCAGAAAUCUGUCUCCAAUUUGCAGAAACCGACACAGUCAAUCAGUCAGGAGAAUACAAAUUCAGUGCCAGGUGGACCAAAGUCAUGGGCACAGCUGAAUGGAAAGCCAGUAGGACACGAAGGUGGUUUAAGGGGCUCAAGCCGACUGUUAUCCUUCUCUCCCGAGGAAUUUCCGACGCUGAAAGCAGCUGGAGGGCAGGACAAGGCUGGCAAAGAAAAGGGCGUCUUAGAUCUGUCGUAUGGGCCAGGACCAAGCCUCCGCCCUCAGAAUGUGACAAGCUGGAGGGAGGGCGGUGGGCGACACAUAAUUUCUGCCACGUCUCUGAGCACCUCCCCAACUGAGCUGGGCAGCAGGAACUCGAGUACGGGAGAUGGAGCCCCCUCCUCGGCAUGUACCAGCGAUUCUAAGGACCCCUCUCUCCGCCCGGCUCAGCCUGUCCGAAAAGGGGCUUCACAGUUCAUGGGAAAUGUAUACCACCCACCUACAUACCAUGACAUGCUUCCUGCUUUUAUGUGUUCGCCAAAGUCAUCAGAAAACCAGGGUACAGUGGAACGAGGCUCUUUUCCCCUUCCUCAGCUCCGCCUUGAACCUCGAGUUCCUUUUAGACAGUUCCAGAUGAAUGACCAAGACGGAAAAGAAAACAGGCUGGGAUUGUCUCGCCCACUACGCCCACUAAGGCAGCUGGUGGAGCGGGCACCACGGCCCACCAUUAUCAAUGCGGAAAACCUGAAGGGCCUUGACGAUCUGGACGCCGAUGCCGAUGAUGGCUGGGCAGGCCUCCAUGAAGAAGUGGACUAUUCUGAGAAACUGAAGUUCAGUGAUGAUGAAGAGGAGGAAGAAGUUGUGAAGGACGGCAGGCCAAAGUGGAACAGUUGGGACCCUAGGAGGCAGCGGCAGUUGUCAAUGAGCUCUGCAGACAGUGCGGACGCUAAGCGGACUCAAGAGGAAGGGAAGGACUGGGCUGAAGCAGUGGGUGCGUCCCGUGUCGUCCGAAAGGCGCCAGACCCUCAGCCACCAUCCAGGAAGCUUCAUGGCUGGGCACCAGGCCCUGACUACCAGAAGUCCUCAAUGGGCAGCAUGUUCCGGCAACAGUCCAUCGAGGACAAGGAGGACAAGCCCCCACCAAGGCAGAAGUUCAUUCAGUCAGAGAUGUCCGAGGCGGUGGAGCGAGCCCGAAAGCGCCGGGAAGAAGAGGAGCGCCGAGCCCGGGAAGAGAGGCUGGCCGCCUGUGCUGCCAAACUCAAGCAGCUGGACCAGAAGUGUAAGCAGGCACGAAAGGCAGGUGAGGCCCGGAAGCAGGCAGAAAAGGAAGUGCCCCGGUCUCCAAGUGCUGAGAAGGCAUCUCCCCAGGAAAACGGCCCUGCUGUUCGCAAAGGCUCCCCAGAAUUCCCUGCCCAAGAGACCCCCACCACGUUCCCAGAAGAGGCACCCACAGUGUCCCCAGCAGUGGCACAGAGCAACAGCAGUGAGGAAGAGGCCAGAGAGUCUGGGUCCCCUGCACAGGAGUUCAAGUAUCAGAAGUCCCUUCCUCCCCGAUUCCAGCGCCAGCAGCAGCAACAACAGCAGGAGCAGCUGUACAAGAUGCAGCACUGGCAGCCAGUGUACCCCCCGCCGUCCCACCCCCAGCGCACCUUUUACCCACACCACCCCCAGAUGUUGGGCUUCGAUCCCAGGUGGAUGAUGAUGCCUUCCUACAUGGACCCACGCAUCACGCCCACUCGGACCCCGGUGGACUUCUACCCCUCCGCCCUGCAUCCCUCAGGACUGAUGAAGCCCAUGAUGCCCCAAGAGUCCCUCAAUGGGACAGGCUGUCGCUCUGAGGAUCAGAACUGUGUGCCCCCACUCCAAGAAAGAAAAGUGACCCCCAUCGACUCACCCCCUGUGUGGAGCCCAGAGGGCUACAUGGCACUGCAGAGCAAGGGCUACCCGCUCCCGCACCCGAAGUCGAGUGACACCUUGGCUAUGGACAUGCGUGUCAGGAAUGAAAGCUCUUUCUCUGCCUCACUCGGAAGGGCAGGGGGCGUAAGUGCCCAGCGCGAUCUCUUUGAGGAGAGAGGGGAGGAGUACUUGAGUGCUUUUGACAAGAAGGCCCAAGCAGACUUUGACAGCUGUAUCUCUUCUCAAAGAAUAGGCCAGGAGCUUUUGUUUCCACCCCAAGAAAAUGUUCAGGAUGCAGGUGCUCCUGGGGGUCACACCCAAAACCUCAGGUGUUCCCCAUUGGAGCCUGACUUUGUCCCAGAUGAGAAAAAGCCAGAGUGUGGCAGUUGGGAUGUUAGCCACCAGCCAGAGACCGCUGACACAGCCCAUGGUGUUGAGCGGGAGACACCCCGGGAGGGGACGGCCUUUAACAUCUCCUCCUGGGACAAGAACGAGAGCCCCAACAAACAGCUGUCCUCAGAGCCUGAAUGGACUCCUGAGCCCCGGAGCUCCAGCAGCCAGCACCCGGAGCAGACGGGCAGGACCCGAAGGUCGGGACCCAUCAAGAAACCAGUCCUGAAAGCCCUCAAGGUGGAAGACAAGGAGAAGGAGCUCGAGAAGAUUAAGCAGGAGCUAGGGGAGGAGAGCACCCGGCUGGCCAAGGAGAAGGAGCAGAGCCCCACGGCAGAAAAGGACGAGGACGAAGAGGACGAAGAGAAUGAUGCCUCUCUGGCCAACUCCUCCGCCACCACUUUGGAGGACAAAGGCCCUGGCCGUGCCACUUUUGGCCACGAGGCCACCAAAUUUGAAGAGGAGGAGAAACCUGACAAGGCCUGGGAAACCAGACCCCCACGAGAGUCCAGCGAUGUUCCCCCCACGAAGAGAAAUAACUGGAUCUUUAUUGAUGAGGAGCAAGCCUUUGGGGUCAGAGGGCAGGCCCGGGGCCGAGGCCGUGGUUUCAGAGAGUUCACUUUUCGUGGUCGGCCUGCUGGCGGAAACGGGAGCAGCGUCUGUGGUGGGGGGGUCCUGGGGGCCCGCAGCAUCUACUGCAGCAGCCAGCGCAGCGGCCGUGGCCGGGGCCUGCGAGAGUUUGCGCGGCCAGAGGACUGCCCCAGAGCCAAGCCUCGACGGAGAGUUGCCAGUGAGACCCAUAGCGAGGGCUCAGAGUAUGAAGAACUUCCCAAGCGCCGCCGGCAGAGGGGCUCCGAGAACGGGAAUGAAGGCUCGCUCCUGGAGAGGGAGGAGAGCACCUUGAAGAAGGGCGACUGCAGAGAUUCUUGGCGGUCCAACAAAGUGUGCUCUGAGGACCAUAGCGGUCUAGAUGCCAAGAGCCGAGGCCCUCGGGCCUUUGGGCGAGCCCUCCCUCCCCGGCUGAGCAAUUGCGGGUAUGGACGGAGAACCUUCAUCUCCAAAGAGUCACCCCACUGGCAGAGCAAAAGUCCAGGCAGCUCUUGGCAGGAAUAUGGCCCUUCGGACACAUGUGGAUCCCGGCGAUCUACAGACAGAGACUAUGUCCCGGAUUCCUACAGACACCCUGAUGCAUUUGGUGGCCGGGGCUUCGAGGACAGCCGCUCAGAGGACAAGAGAUCCUUCUUCCAAGAUGAACACGUGGCAGAUUCUGAAAAUGCAGAGAACCGGCCCUUCAGGAGAAGGCGCCCCCCACGCCAAGAUAAGCCCCCUCGCUUCCGGCGCCUCCGGCAAGAGCGGGAGUCCCUGGGCCUGUGGGGACCCGAGGAGGACCCCCACCUGCUGGCAGGUCAGUGGCCAGGCAGGCCCAAACUGUGUUCUGGGGACAAGAGUGGCACUGUGGGCCGCAGGUCCCCUGAGCUCUCCUACCAGAACUCCUCUGAUCACGCCAAUGAGGAAUGGGAGACGGCCUCCGAAAGCAGCGACUUCAGUGAGCGGCGGGAGCGGCGGGAAGGCCCCGGGUCCGAGCCCGACUCCCAGGUGGAUGGUGGCCUGUCGGGGGCUAGUUUGGGUGAGAAGAAGGAGCUGGCCAAGAGGAGCUUCUCCAGUCAGAGACCCCUGGUUGACAGACAGAGCCGAAAGCUGGAGCCGGGAGGGUUUGGGGAGAAGCCCGUUAGGCCAGGUGGUGGUGACACCUCCCCUCGCUAUGAGAGCCAACAGAAUGGGACGCCUUUGAAAGUCAAAAGAUCCCCAGACGAGGGCUUGCCUGGAGGUCUUAGUGGCUGCAGCAGUGGGAGUGGCCACUCCCCCUAUGCCCUGGAGCGGGCAGCCCAUGCCAAUGCUGACCUUCCCGAAGCCUCCAGUAAGAAGGCAGAGAAGGAGGCCAAGUUGGCUGCUCCGAGGGCAGGUGAACAGGGAGAGGCCAUGAAACAGUUUGACCUGAACUAUGGAAGUGCCAUCAUCGAAAAUUGCGGGUCCAGCCCCGGGGAGGAGAGUGAGGUGGGUUCCAUGGUGGGCGAAGGCUUCAUCGAAGUCCUGACCAAGAAGCAGCGCCGCCUGCUGGAGGAAGAGAGAAGAAAGAAGGAGCAGGCUGUGCAGGUGCCUGUCAAAGGUCGAGGCCUUUCCUCUCGUAUUCCUCCUCGAUUUGCAAAAAAACAGAACAACUUAUGUCUGGAGCAAGGCGACGUGACCGUGCCUGGCAGCAGCCUGGGCACUGAGAUCUGGGAGAGCAGCAGCCAGGCUCUCCCUGUGCAGGCCCCAGCCAACGACUCCUGGAGGAAAGCUGUCACUGCCUUCAGCAGCACCGAGACUGGCUCUGCAGAGCAGGGUUUUAAGAGCAGCCAGGGAGAUAGUGGUGUUGACUUGAGUGCCGAGUCUCGGGAGUCGUCUGCGACCUCCUCACAGCGCAGCUCCCCGUAUGGGACUCUGAAGCCAGAGGAGAUGAGCGGGCCUGGCCUGGCGGAACCCAAGGCCGACACCCACAAGGAGCAGGCUCCAAAGCCGUCUGAGCAGAAGGAUUCAGAACAAGGCUCUGGACAGAGCAAGGAGCACAGACCAGGACCCAUCGGCAACGAGCGUUCUCUGAAAAACAGAAAGGGCUCGGAGGGGGCCGAGCGGCUGCAAGGGGCUGUUGUCCCGCCUGUGAACGGGGUGGAGAUUCACGUGGACUCCGUGCUGCCUGUGCCACCCAUUGAAUUUGGAGUCAGUCCAAAAGACUCCGAUUUCAGCUUGCCACCUGGUUCUGCCUCUGGUCCUGCCGGGAGUCCAGUUGUUAAACUUCAGGAUGCCUUGGCCAGUAAUGCAGGGUUAACACAGAGUAUCCCCAUCCUGCGGCGGGACCAUCACAUCCAGAGGGCCAUCGGUCUCUCCCCAAUGUCCUUCCCCACCGCCGACCUUACUCUGAAGAUGGAGUCUGCGCGCAAGGCUUGGGAAAAUUCCCCCAGUUUGCCGGAGCAGAGCUCUCCAGGCGGCGCUGGCUCAGGCAUCCAGCCUCCAUCCUCUGUGGGUGCCUCCAGCGGGGUCAACUACAGCUCCUUCGGUGGAGUGUCCAUGCCACCCAUGCCUGUGGCUUCUGUAGCACCUUCUGCUUCUAUGCCAGGCAGCCACCUCCCGCCCCUGUACCUGGAUGGCCAUGUGUUUGCAAGUCAGCCCCGGCUGGUUCCUCAAACGAUACCUCAGCAGCAGAGUUACCAACAGGCCGCCGCUGCCCAGCAGAUCCCGAUCUCCCUUCACACAUCUCUGCAGGCACAAGCUCAGCUUGGACUGAGGGGUGGGCUUCCUGUGUCCCAGUCCCAGGAGAUCUUCAGCUCCUUACAGCCCUUCAGAUCUCAGGUGUACAUGCACCCCAGCCUGUCACCGCCCAGCACCAUGAUCCUCUCUGGGGGCACAGCCUUGAAGCCUCCGUACUCGGCGUUCCCAGGCAUGCAGCCCUUGGAGAUGGUGAAGCCGCAGUCUGGCUCACCCUACCAGCCCAUGAGCGGGAACCAAGCCCUGGUCUACGAGGGCCAGCUCAGCCAGGCUGCUGGCCUGGGUGCCUCCCAGAUGUUGGACUCCCAGCUCCCACAGCAGCUGACCAUGCCAAUGCCUCGGUACGGCUCCGGGCAGCAGCCACUGAUCCUGCCCCAGUCCAUUCAGCUGCCGCCUGGGCAGAGCCUCUCUGUUGGGGCCCCCCGAAGGAUUCCUCCGCCCGGGUCUCAGCCGCCAGUCCUGAACACCAGCAGAGAGCCCUCUCAGAUGGAGAUGAAAGGCUUCCACUUUGCCGACAGUAAACAGAAUGUCCCUUCAGGAGGCCCUGUGCCAUCGCCACAGACCUACAGGCCUAGCUCUGCUAGCCCCAGUGGGAAGCCCUCUGGAUCAGCAGUUAACAUGGGCUCUGUGCAGGGACACUACGUGCAACAGGCAAAACAACGAGUGGAUGAGAAACCCAGCCUGGGAGCCGUGAAGCUGCAGGAGGCCCCCUCGGCUGCCUCCCAGACGAAGCGAACCGGAGCGAUCAAGCCUCGGGCUGUCAAAGUGGAGGAGAGUAAGGCCUGACGGUGCCUGGCUGCCACCUCGCCUGGCCCCACUGGGGACGGUGCCGCCAUGCGGCCUCGACAUAGCCGACAUUCGGGAGCCUCACCAGAUCCACCGUCCAAAUGCCUGGCCCGGACUGAGAGACCUCCCUCCUCUCCACUCCCAAAAGCUCCGUUGUCAACCAGCUUGCACCCGUGGAUAUAUGGCAUUGACCCGCUUGCUUUGAUAUGAAACAAAAAAGCAAACGACUCCUUCAUCCCAUCUGCUCCCACCGUGACCGUGGAGUGACGCCUCCCGUGCAGUGCAGAUCCGCCCUCCCUGCCUCCUCCCUGUCCUGCCGCGCAGCCAGGGCGCCUUCUCAGCAGUGCUUCUGGCCCAGCCGCCCAUCCCUAGGCACAGUGGUUUGGCAGCAGGGUCAUUUUACUUUGAGGCUUUUUGUUUUAAAAUGUAGCCAAGGUUUUUACAAAGGGGAAAGGAAAAGAAAACAAAAACGCAAGCUCCAUGUGUAUAGCUGAACUUUUAUAUGUUUCUCGCCAGCCCCUCUGCUCCCUUCCAUCUCUAGCCUCUGUCCUGUUUAGUUUGAUACGUCACUGCAAUACCUUAAGAGAUGACUCUUAAGAAUGCAUCUCCCCUCCUGAUUCCUCAGCUGGUUCACCUUUGAGGUUAUUUGCAAAAAGAAAAGGAGGUUCUUGAGGGCACCCAUUGUGAGCAUUCUGGUGCCUGGCUCCCCGCUUGGGAAGCAAUGAGGUGCUCAGAGCAGCAGGCAGGUGUGGGGGGGUCACAGUUGGGUUCCAGCUCCUGGCUUGAUGAGCCCAGGGCGCUUACAGGCAGCCCAUGAAGUUGAUGAUGGUUUUAGCAUGAGAAUCACACAGGGUCCCUGUCCUGGGCUCCUCUAAAGCCAGUGGGUGUGCUGGGCACCAGAGACAAAUCAUGGAGAUGGCUGCUGGUGGCUCCCAGGUUGGCCCAGAUGGGGUGAGCUGACACACCACAGGCCCAUCCCAGGCCCCGUGGGCUCUGCUUCUGGGGCUCCAUACCCUGCCCUGCAGGGGUGCUGUGUUUUUCACACAUUUCUUUCCCUGAAGCCUUCUGUAACCUGUCAUUUUCCUUCCUUCCUCUUCCGGAGCCUGCUGCUUUCUCUGGACCCGUCUCCACCUCCCACACAGCUCAUCGUGAACACCACUUGGUGAUGGAGGGAGUGGACCCGUGUGUGGUCCCCAAGUGAGGCCACUGGGAGUUUGUCCUUUUCCUCCUUUGCUUCACUCCCAGCAGCAGACCCAGGUUGUCAGGACAGGAGGGCCUGAGCUAAGCAGUAGGCAUCAGUCUCGUUUGUCUUCAGACAGCAGAGGCAGGUCCAGGGUGAGGCUGGGUGGAGGGCUGACCAAGGUCCAAAGGGCCUGCACAGCCUCCGGGAGGGCAGCUUCUCCAGCCAGAGGCUUGUGUGAGCCAUCGUGUGCUGGGCUUGUUGUUUUUAAGUAAGAAACAAGGAAAUCACUCCAGAUUCUGUCAUUCCAAGGAAAGGGAAGGGGACAGUUCAAGUUUCUCAGCUGUUCUUAGGGGUCACUGAGCGUCUCCAGAGGAGGCUGGCUCAGAACACCGUGAGGAGGGGGCCGGGGAUGCACCCCCCACCAGAGGCUGCCUUCAGCGUCUCACGGGUGCAGGACAGCGCUCAGGCUUGGGCUCUAAGCUCUGUGUCUAGUGUAGAACAUGGGGAAGGAGCAUCUUAGGAACUGCUGAAGUAACUUCUCACUGCUCUCACAAUUCUAAGGAAGUGGGAGAACGGCCUCCUAUGAACAGCGCCCAUCCCAGAGCUGCCUGGGAAGGGGCAGUUUUACUGAAAGGUGCUUUACUGUCCACCUGCAUCUUUCAGCAGCUCCCCUCCUGCCCUCACCUGGUCUUUUCCCUCUUCAUCCCAAGCCUUUAUGCUUGAGUCCCUUCCCCAGGGGCUGCCCACCCGACAGUUCCAGGUAUUCCCUACCUGAGCUUCUUGUCUGCUUUUCCUUCUCCCACUGCAAGUGGCUGCUUGUGGGACCUGGGAUGAGCCCUCUCUGUCCCCACCAGCCCUCCUUGCCAAGCCAUUCCUGGGUGAGUCCAGGCCUGCGGGAGCCACACAUUCAUCUCCACCUGGACACUUGAGCCGCAUGGCCAGACCCCUCCCACCUGACGCGGUGGUGCGUGUGAUUUGUUGAAAGAAAGCCUCCUGGAUGCUGUUAAGAUGUACCCUUCAGGUGAACCUGGCAUCAGACCCACAGUACUUGCUGUUUGAGAAAAAAUAAAAACAAAAAGGUCACCUGUUCUCCAGCCCUUUUCUCUUACCUGGUAUUUCCUUCCUUUCUCCUCCCCCACCCCAAAUAAAAAAACAAAAAACACUAGAAUUUAUUUAUAUGUAUUGAUGUUGUAGGUCUAGGUGAAAAAAAAGUAAAUGUUUCACUGCUCUAUUUAUAUAGAAUGUCUGAAUUAAUUCUGUGCAGGAAAGGCCAGGAAAUUGCAUGUGAAGUUCGGUGCAGUCACCACCUCUGUGUGACCUGAGCUGCAGUCUCUUCGCUGAGAUGCAGGUUUUAAAUGAGACUUUGGGGGCUGAGGGCAGGCCUCAGGCCUCCCAGCGCCCCAACCCCUCCUUGGUCUGAUGAAAUGCAGUUCUUAGUGCAGAGGCGUUUUAAGGUGCAAUAUCUCUCUUCCUUUCCCGUGGUUUUACAGCCAAGCCCAAGGUAGUAGGACAUAGGGUCUUAUUUUGUUUUCAAACCCCCAUCCUCAGAGCGCAGACACAUGCAGAGGCUUCUGCCAGGAUACCACGGGGCCUUAGUGGGAACAGGUGGAGACCAGCACUUCCCUUUCCUGCUGCUGAGGUAGGGAGUGGGGGGUCAGAACCCACUCACUUUUGCCUGUUAAAGUUGCCCUCCCGACGCUGGCAGCUCUGCCUUGGUCAUCGGGGGUGUGGCCCGUUGCUCAGCAACCAGUGGCCUUGCGGUAUUGUCCACCGUCCACUAGAGUGGGAUCAAGUCCAGAGUGUGGGUGUGCAUCUCAAAUGCUCAUCCACCCACUGGGGACUUCAAUGCCAGCUGCAUUUGGUUUGGUUUUCUUAACUGUUGGCUUCUCCCCACAGCUUUUUUUUUUUUUUUUUAAACAUUCGUAUUGUUUUCAAACUUGGGAUUCAUAGACACUCUGGCUCUAGGUUCCUUAAGGGGGAAAACAAAAGAUGACUUUAUUUCACAUUCAAGAAAAUCAGUUCAGUUCCAAAGCUGUGGUCCUUCCAGCCACUUCUAGGGACACUGGGGUACCUUGUUAAACGUUGACAUCAGUGCUCUCCAGCCGUGCUGUUGUCCUCCUAUCUUCUGUAUCUGCCUUCGGGAUGGUCAGUGAUGCCUUCUGGAAGCUGAGCACGCACAGGUGCAUGGCCAUGCUGUGGCCUGGCCUGCUGCGGCAGCAUGGCAGCUCUGGUGGAGCCUUCUCCCUUGCCAUUUGGCUCCCCUCUGCCAAGUAGCUGCAGGCUGCCCCUCAAAUCUUCAUUUGUCCCUUUUCACUUCCUGCAGAGCAAGCCUGGGUUAGAGGGUCUGCUGGAAAUGGCCUUUGAAGACCAAGGAUACCAGGGUGUGUGCACUCUGUCGUGUUCUGUGAUGAAUGGGAAACGUAGGCUUCCAGAAAGCCAGCUCUCUUCUGAAACGUGAUGGACCUAAGCAGGAAGUCAUCCAGGACAGGAGUGGCUCAGUGUUGGGGAUGGACACUGUCGCCCAGCCAUGCUCCACCAGGGCCACCAAUGUAUAUUUGGCUGGUGGUCUUUGGGCAUGUGAGACCUGCUCUUCACUGUCUCCACCCCAGUUGGUGGCCUCCAGGAUGGUAGUGGCACCCCCAGAGCCCCAUCUUCAGCGUGUUCUGAAGCCUCAGAGUGGAAAUUCCUGCUAAGGCUCUGUGUGGACACCUUUCUCCCAUGGUCUGAAGGGGACACUGUACUCAAGCUUUUGACCUCAUGCCUUGUGUAGUAAAAAAGGAUUUGGGGGUUUUUGUUUGGUUCCUGAGAGGGUUGUGUUUUGUUUUUGUUUCCUUUUGUUUAUGUUUUGGCCUUUCCUCUUUGUCUUUCCAUGUAGACCAGAUAUUUGAAAGGGCAGACGAUGGCUAGAGGUGUAAUGUGCAGCUUGUUUAUACGUUAUUUCGGGAAACUUACCUUGGAUGGGAAAUGGAAUCGUGGAUUCACCAGGCCGGUGCUGGCACACUCACCCUCGCCCUUUCCCUCCGGUUCAGUACCUAUUGUUUCUCCUUUCAAAUAUGUGAUUGUACUAGCUCUUUCCAUAUGAAAGAAUUCUCCUUAUUUAAAUAAAAAAAGUUGAAAAAGAUAAA